AUAGUUGCCACGACGUUUGUCAUCGCCACCAGAGUACCAGCAAAGUUGGGCGCGAUAUCUAUAUGAUUUGCCAAAAAGCCGCAAUACAUUCCACCGAUGCAUGCUAUUCCGAUUGUCAUCAAUAUAACUGCUCUAACGCGAUCGCAUCCAACAUAUGACACUUGUAUCAAACAGAGCAUGGGUACGACAGACGCUGCAAUAAACGUGCAAUUGUAAUUAUAAAAUUAUAUAAUUAUUUGAUUAAAAGAUUUAAAGUCCAUAAAUUAAUUGUUAUGGAGGACAGAGCGUUUGAUUGAUUCAAAGUUCAUCUCUUUUUUUGCAAAUAUAGUUUUAAUAUUAAAUUUACCAAAAAGAGUGCCGAUUUUUCUAGAUAUCGUUACUGUGAUCAGACCUCUUUCCUGCAAAAUAACUAACACUUUGCUGAGACUCAUAGUGAAGAACCACAUGCACAAAAACGGCACGGACGACAAUGUUGCGUUCUGUUAAUAAAUAAAUACACUUGUAAAAUAAUGCGCAUUAAAUCACGUACAUUGUUGCGUUAAGUUUUAAAACAGUUCUCUUACGGAGCUCAUAUCAAAUUUCAAGAUCUGAUUCAUAAAUGUGGGCAGUUCAAUAAGUAGCAUGUACCAGCCGAAAUUGCUACAAAAAUGGGCAACUAGAAUCGCUAUGAAUGGUUUGGAACGAAACACUUGUCCCCAUGGAACCUAAUAACAAUAUGCAUAAACAGAUUUUAAAAAAAUACAUAGAAAAAUUGUUGAGUAUAACAAUUGAUUAAUUUUUGAGUACCGUUUUAGGGACAUCUUUCUUGUCAUAUCCGCCCAAAGACGUGAUGAUAUAAUUUUUUUCUUUUGGACUGAUGAAUCUCAUCUGUUUUUCCGGAGAAUCUGCUAUCACCAACCACCAAGCGAUGCACCAAAUCAGACAAAGCGCGCCUUCUACGUAGAAGAUGGACUCCCAACCGAGAUUCGCGGCCAGCAGACCGGUUAACAAGAUAGAUAUUACGAUCACUUUUAGUAGCCUGAUGCUUCCGGUUACGAGAGCUGCGUGUUACUGAUGUAAAGCAACGAGAAGCUCGAAGAACUUGACGCGACUCUCUCUGGAGGGAUGGGGAGUCUGCGCCUCUUCUAUAAACACCCGCUUCAAAUACGCAUGUGGAUGCGUAUGUGUGCGUAAAAGGAAAGGCCCGCACGACGCACGUGUCAUACUUUCGACAUCAGUCAUUGACACGUGAGAAAAGAACAAGUGAUGCAUCACUUGCAACUUUUCUUAAAAUACAUUGCAGUUUCAGAGAAGGAAAGGAGGAUUCAAUUAGAAAUUGCGUUAGCUUAUUGAUGUUUCACAGGGAAAAUAAUUGAUAAUAAUUAUAUAAAAAUGUUUCAUAUUCAAGAAAUGUGACGUUAUUGUCUACAAGUAAUGCAAUUCAUUCAACUUUUCAACAAAUUUCAUGAAUGAAAAUCUAAAUAUUUAAGAUUUUUUAUUAGAUAUAUUGUUGUAGCUGUUUGACGCACUCUGUUAUUUAAUUUCAAAUGCGGAACAAGUUGUUUAUUCGAAUAAACUUGAAGAUAGGCUCGAGCGAACAUUGAGCGAUUCGCUCGGUGCUUGACAGGAACAAGAUGUCAACCGCGUAUACAAAUUUUUAAUAUACAUAACUUCCUUCUUUCUUUCUCUCCUUCUCUUUCUCGUGAUUCUUUCAUCAUUCUCACAUUCUCGUUAAUGUGCGAAUCAUCAGGUAUAAUGAACAUGAACGCGAAUUCGGAGAUCGGUGAUCACCUCGAUGAAAUCUAUGACUGGAUUGACCAAAUCACGUUUUCCAGACCUAAAAAAAAUAUAGCUAGAGACUUUUCCGAUGGUGUAUUGAUGGCAGAACUUCUGAAACGUUAUUAUCCUAAGCAUGUGGACGUGCACAAUUAUGUCGCCGGCAACAGCAUUGCAAGGAAGAUUGAUAACUGGUGCACGCUUAAUCGCAAGGUGCUGUCGAAACUUGAAAUGAGAUUAGGAAAGGAUGCGAUCAAUCAGCUGGCCAAUUCUCAGCCAGGUAUUAUCGAGAAGGUUCUCGUCGAUCUACGAGCCAAAAUUUUGAAAGACUGUAACGCCGACAGAGAAUCUUUGUACUCUGGCCAUGAAGACAGUGAAGAGACGGUGAAGUCGGUGCUAAAUCCCGAUGAAGUAGCAAACAAAACUGUCCCACGACAUGUCUUUAUUCGCCUGAAACAGGAGUUACAAGAGAAAAACGACACCAUCUCUACGCUACAGCAAAAGAUCUCCCACAUGGAAAGCAUAAUGAAACUGAAAGAUCAAAGGAUCGACGACCUCACGAUACAAAUCACGAGGCUGCCGAUUGAAAGAAACGUAGCUACUCUGCGUCCUCACGUUAUCGGCAGUGGAAUCUCGAAACUACAUACUUCUACCAAGUUGUCCCAAUAAAUCCUAUCAAGAUGCUAUAAUUAUACAUCUUCCAAUGUGCACUGAAUAAUGUAGCUUACUUUCCUUUUUUUUUUACACAUGUACUAUAUAUUAUAAGAAUACACUUUAUUAUCCAUCCAUUACACCUAAAGAUUCUUGUAAUACAGAUAUCAAUAAUUAUAUUUUAAGAAGAAA